UGUGCCACUUUCAGGUCUCCUCACACACUGCUGGUGUGUUCCAUUUUUUGUCAUAGGGUGCUGGCAGAUUACGGGCCUCCCAUUGCUGCUGCCAGGCCCCUAAUCUGCCAUGGGCCCCUGUACCGCCUCCUCAUGCUGCUGCUGGGUCCAGAGUCUCUCAUGGGUCCCUGUACGGCCUCCCAUUGCUGCUGUCUCCAUCGCCACACUCUGCCAUGUGCCACUUUCAGGUCUCCUCACACUCCUGCUGGUUUCCAUUUUGUCAUAGGUUGCUGUAUGGCCUCCCAUUGCUGCUGCCUCCACCGCCACACUGUGGCUCCAAACACUGGUUUUGGCCCCGUGACUGGCCAAAUGAGUGAAGUGUGCGGUGAUUCUAAGAUCAACGGCACUCAUCUGCAUGUCAUACUG